GUAAGAGAUUCUUAGAGUUGAUAUUUUACCUGAAAGCUGUCAAAGCACAAAGUCUCUUCUACCAGUAAGAAAUACUUGUAAUUCAUGUUUUACCUGGUAGCUGCCACAACUCAAAAUCCCUACUACGAUGCAAGGACUGAGCAUACCUGGGAGCGUUUGAGAAGCACGUCCCCCGAGACCCCUCCAACCAAAAUCACUCGCCUAACCUCUCCCCUGUCCUCCUUAUCCUCCUCCACACCCUUUCCCCCCGCAAAUCUCGAGAAGAAGACCUCCCAUCGCAAUCACAGAAUCCGUGAAUUCGUUAUGGACGGUAUGGAUGCAAAACCAACCCUAAACGAUGACCCGUCGGUCACCCUAACCAUCCGCUUGAUCAUGCAGGGCAAGGAGGUGGGAAGCAUCAUAGGGAAGAAAGGAGAGAUCGUCAAGAGGUUCCGCGAAGAGUCCGGUGCAAAGAUCAACAUCUCCGAUGGAUCUUGCCCAGAACGAAUAGUAACCGUAACCGGGCCAACGAAUUCGAUCUUCAAAGCGUUCACCUUGAUCUGCAAGAAGUUCGAGGAGUGGUGUUCGCAAUUCCACGACAUCCAGGGUGGCGUAGGCGUGCCGAGGCCGCCAAUCACGCUCAGGCUCAUCGUGCCCGCGUCGCAGUGUGGCUCCCUCAUCGGCAAAGGGGGCUCGAAGAUCAAGGAGAUCCGCGAGGUGACUGGCGCGUCGAUUCAAGUCGCCUCUGAGAUGCUGCCCAAUUCGACGGAACGUGCAGUAACCAUAUCUGGUACCAGCGAAGCCAUCACGCAGUGCAUAUAUCACAUCUGCUGUGUUAUGUUAGAAUCCCCUCCCAAAGGCGCCACGAUCCCUUAUCGCCCCAAACCCCAAGUUGGUGGGCCAGUGAUCCUGGCUGGUGGGCAAGCCUACACCAUCCAGGGUAAUUACGCGGUGCCCGCCCACUCCGACGUAAGUACAGUAUUGCCAUUGCCCGCGCCCGCUGUCGGGCACACCCCGCCCUCGCUGAACACCCAAACUUUGACGACUUCGCCCUUCGCGGCCCACCCCUCCUCCUCGGCCUUCGCCGCUUCUCACGGGCAUCCGCUCCUAUCCACGGCCCACCUUACGACCCCACAUCAUCCUCUCCACCCGAGCCCCUUACACGCCAGCGUGGCAGGCCUCGCCGACCCCCUGCUGAAGAGUGGACACUUGCAGGCAGCCCUCCCGCCCGCACACCUCGUGGCAGACGCCAUGGGCAAACUUGGAAGCAAUCCACUGGCUGGUCUCGCGGCUCUGGGCCUUGGAGGCCUCGCCACACCUGCUAAUACCGGUGGACUUAAUCCAGCAGCCCUGGCAGCGCUUGCCGGUAGCCAGCUACGCACCAGCAAUACAAACAGACAACAACCAGCGGCGAACAAUCAGACACACGAAAUGACCGUGCCAAACGAGCUGAUCGGUUGUAUCAUCGGGAAGGGUGGCACCAAGAUCGCCGAGAUCCGUCAGAUCUCCGGCGCCAUGAUCAGAAUCAGUAACUGCGAGGAGAGGGAGGGCGCGGCCACGGAUCGUACGAUCACCAUAACAGGGAAUCCGGACGCCGUGGCAUUGGCACAAUAUCUCAUCAACAUGAGGAUAUCGCAGGAAGCGCCGGGAAUCCCGGUACCCCCGUACCACUUCAUCCCGCCGGACCACAUCGUUAAGUCGCCGAUCCACUAAAAGUGGUGACACACACGUAUGUCGUUGUCGUCGUCGAAAGGGCGCGGGGCGUCGCGACGCACGCGAGGCUGUCAAUGGCAUCUGGGGCUAGGCCACGCAAUGUGUUCAACCAGCUUGCUAAUCGACACACUUGCAAAAACGAACAGCAACAGAUAUGAACACACCGACAACAACAACAACAACAAAAGAACAUCAACAGUGGGAGAGGGAGUCACGUACACACACGAUCCUGAACAUGCACACGACACACACGAAGGAAAUACGCGUUGGUACACAGGUUCGGGUAUCCGCGUAGGAAUGGUACAUACACACGUAAACCGUACACGUACACACGCAUACACCCACACACAAUUAGGAUAUUGAAACUUGUGCGCGCGCUCUCGAUAACAAACAGAAAAAAAACAAAACAGAAAAAAAGUAAAAAAAACUAAAAAAAAAUAUGAAUGAGAGGUGUACAUACGAGGCAAACGCAGGAAGAAGGGAUUUACUUGAGCACGCGCUUAACACGCGAGUAGAGACGAAGAAGGCACGCACGCGCGUACACGGACAUAUACUCGAGUGUACAAAAUUGUACAAAAGAUAUUUAAACAAACAAAGAAACAAAAAAAAAAAAAAACGAUGCACGCCGCAGCCCGGCCGGGGUUGCUGCCGAUUGGUAAAGGGAACAAGCCAAAGAUACGUUAGUUUUCAUUUUUAUAUUUAAACGAGAAAAACAAAAUGAUACGAGAACGGGAGAGAAAUACGAGAGAAUUAUUAUAAUGAUUAUUAAUCAUGAAUGUGUGAACAAGGACGCUGAAUACUAUAUUAGGCCGAUUCUUAGCGUUUUUUCUAUCGAUGGUGUUCCGCCGUGUUGCUGAACCAUGACGAAUCCUGAUUCUCCAGCGCUUUGGAAAGCGUCAUAUGUGCUACAAAAGCAUUUAUUCACUAUACUCGGAAGUUUCUGACUCAUAUAUGAAUCAGGAGGACUUUUUAUAGAAACAGUGAACGCGUCAACCCUUUGUGGUACUCGUCUCCAUUUUAUCGCGUGUGAUGCUGUCAUUGAUGGUCGUUCGAGUAAACAGUAACGACUCCGAUACAGCGUUCUUGCUGAAAUAGUAAUCUCUUGUUUCUAAAGAACAUGGAAAGAGAAAUUGGCGCAGAGUCGAUCAUGAAACAAGAAGGCAUCAUUGAGCCUAUAUUAUUAACGGCAGAACAGUUACAAUCAGUGUUUCAAUGACAGUGAAAGUAACGUUCCUGACGAGAAUUCUAACAAAUUAAAGUUACAGCAACGCGAGGAUUACUUCUAUUCGCUCUGUUCAACCAUUACGCGCAGCAUCACUUGAUAAAUCAGAUCUACCAACAGGAGAUUAGACUACUGUGUGAGGAAGGUGAAUUGCAAAGGGUAGUCGUUCGAGAGACUGACAGUUAAUAAGUAGAAGUAGACAAAAAAGAAUGAAGAUUUCGAUGAUAUUGCCCAGCAUAACUUCGAAUCUCUUUUUUAACGCUUGCGUUCUCUGGAAUUGCGAGCGCCAUUUUGAAAUAGACUCCCAGCGUCCCCGAUGGUGCUGUACAUCGAUCGAAAGAGGUUUGAAUUCUGAUCCAUUAAAACGGUAGUGUUUCGUAGGACAAAAUGGCGCGUUCCAACGCGUGGGGGAUGAUCCAAGGUUUGCCCAGUCGCGGAAUCUCGGAUCGAGGGAUCGUUGGGCAUGGUCUUGCGCACGCGCGGAACACCGAGGAGUGACAAUUGACCGCGCGCGGUAAUUACGUAGUUCCGUAGAAUUUUUGCAUGUGAGACUCGAUUUCAAAAUUGACGGGCAAAAAGAAAGAGGUUUUCUUUUCUGGAAGCGUGCCGCGGCUGGAGCGUGGCUCCCGGGAGCCGCGGAGCGUUCAACGCGCGCGCGUCAGCGUCGUCUUCGGCGAGUUGUCGCGAUUUCGGGCGCGGAACAGACUCGUCGAGUCGUCGCUGGACCGCGCUCUUCAGUGGAAGGAACAAAGGAAAUUAUUACGUGGAAUAUAAAUAACGAUAUAUAUUAUAUAUAUACAUAAUAUAUAUAUAUUUAUUAUACGAUUAAAAAACCAAUGGAGGAAAAAAAAAAACAAUUAGAGGAGAUAAAUCGCGAUGAAAAGGUGCGAGCUCAAUGCCCAGCUUCGAUCUGGAGGCGUAUACUUCAUCUUCUUCUUCAUCUUCAUCCUACUCCGCUCUUCUUCUGCUAUCCACCCAUCCGUGCUUCCUUGUACGAGGGAGCCGAUCGACUCGUAGCUAAAGGACGUAUAUUUGCUUCGACGACACUGAGCUAAUCGGACGUUUUUCGGUGUAUUCGUUGCAGGGUAAAUUCAGUGUCUUCUUAGUGAUCGCGAGCUUAACUCUGGGCUCGAUAGACGAUCUUUUUCGAUUAUUGCGUUGUGUAGCGCGGCGAUAAUGCGCGUCGUUUACGUUCGGUUCGGUUUAGAGACUGUUUUAGGCGCUAGUUCGGGAGAAAAAGAAACGUAGUUGGCGACGUCACGCAUAGGCUGUCCAACGGUAUUCCGCGUCGACCGCUUCCAAUCCGUGUGCCAAAGAUGCGCGAAAUUUUGCGAUAAAUGUCGUGUUUGAAGGAGUGUUUGCGCGCUUUCCGUGCUUCCUGUCGUACAUCUCUCGAAGUUCCUCGUCCUGGGCGAUCCGUGUUGUCCUUUUCUGUCGAAAUUUUAAAGAAUUGUAUCGCGUCUCGAUUAAUCCAUACCCCCCCCCCUCGUUUUGUAGCCGAGAAGAUAGUAAAAGACUGUCUUACUUUAUUAUUACUGUUUCUUUUCUUUCUUAAUUUUUUUUUUUUUUAAGACGAAGCGUGCAAUAUGGCGUCACGUUCAAUCUCAAUAGCACCACUGUGAUCGACGCUUCGUCUUGUUAAGUUCGCUCAAAAUUAUCGCAAUCUUUUACGCGAUUCGAUCUUGUAAAUAUAUAUAUCGUUUCUCGUUGUACAUAUUUAUUGAUUCAUCUCGGAUCUUUUUGUUCUCUGUUUUUUAGAGUGAAAUCGUCUCAUUGUCGAUCAGCGAACAUUCAUUCGCGUAUCUAUUUAUCGCGCGUUUCUCGAUCGUGCAAUUUUAAUUAUCGUUUUAUCACGCAAUCGGUUGCUUCGUCAAUUUGCCCGGAUGAGCUUUCAAUCGAAAUGAAAGACGAUGCCUAUUUCGCGAGAAAAAGAAAAAAAAAAAUAAUGGAAGUAUAUUUAUAUACGUAGAAACGUUGCGUUUCUAUUCCUAUAUAUACGUAUAAUUAUCUAGUGUGUUUUUUUUUUACGAAUUGCUAGAUACACUGAGCGAAAUAGAGACAUAUUCGUUUUUUUAUAUACAUAUAUAUAUAUAUAUUAUAUAUAUACGCUAAGUUAAGUAUUAACUUAUUUGUACUGUUAUUAUUUAUGAUAAUUUUUAAUGGUUGCGACGAUGAAAAAUUGUAUGCAUUGGCGUGUUUAUUCGACGAAGCAUUUGUCUCUUUUCUCACCUAUCCAAGAGCCACGGCCAACCAAAAAAAUGAAACAAAAGGAAAAAAAGACUUAAAAAAACUAUCACACUCCCCCACCCCCACCCAAACACCACCCGCAGGAUCUUCACGUUGUCCUCUUCGUCUUCAUCAUCAACCAUCAUCUCAACGCCCUUCGGCGUCCCGUUCUUCAUUCGCAGCCCUUUGAUCCCCCACCCCCCACUCCCACCCUCCACUCCGUUCUCUAUAUAUCGUCGAACGUACGAUGACGAUGUACCGAGAAAUACACGUAAAAAUAGAAAAGAGAAAAAAGAGAACGUAGACGGUGCGACGGUCACCGACAACUAAACGACGGCAUCGUCGUUCGAGCGAGAAAAGUUUAUAGCCUCUGCUAUGAUAACAAAAAAAAAAAAAUACAAAAAAGUAACACACACUCACACACGUAAGUUAUAUCGAAAUAAUUAGUGAGAGACGCUGUAUGAUUGUGUAUAUCAACAAUAAAUAAUUGCUGUGAUUAGAAUCGAUAAUUAGUAAGUAGUUAAGGACAAUUUUUAAGGCGCAUCGCAAGAGAAAAGGAAGGGAAAAAAAAGCAUGUGGUUUGCGCGGUACCGCGAACAUAUUGCAUGUAUGCAUCCGUGUGUGUGUGUGUUUGUGCGCGUGUGCCAAGAGAGAUUGAGAAGAACGGAAGUUAAACGACGGACGUACAGAGAAACAAGACACUGUGUGCCAGAGAUCGAGAGAAACGAUGAAACAAAAAACAGGAAAAAAAAACAAAUAAAAAGCGAACGCGUUCAGGGGAGAUUUAAGAAGCUUUUCGUUUUCGUUUUCCCCAAACGGCGAAUCAAGUACGUGCGCGCGUGCGUGUAAUCCUCCUCGAUCGUCGAGAGGCAUUACGCGAGUCUGCUAUAGAUCCGUGGAAACGGAUCGAUCGAUUCAAGGAUGAAGGAGAUCAAUCAGGAGGCGAUUGCCGCGCGCGUUUACGUAGAUAAACACAAACACACACACACACGUACACCACAUUGUGCUCUCCUCGCUCGACUCGCCAUCUUGGAUCAGUAAUCAAGGACGAAGAAAAUAAGAUCUACCUUGGACUAAAAAAAAAAAAGAUUAAAAUGUCUCGGUGUCCCUUUCGGUGCUGUGACCGCUUGUAAACUUUCGUUCAUACCGGUGCACCGAAAGGUGAAUUGAAUUGAAUGGUGAAUCGACAGGGGAGAGCGCCGUCACAUCUUUCUGCGCGAAUCACAGUUUCGUCGCGGCGAAAUGGACGAAACGGAUCAAGAACUAACCCCUGAAUCUCCAUAAUCUCCCGGUAACUUUGAUUUCGACCGUGUCCCGCAUGGAGAACGGUGGUCGGUGUCGAGCAUUUUUCGUUUAUUCUCGUCUGUUGUCGCGGGUGUCUAUAUUCUCGAGCUCGCGAAAUGUUGUCACUGUCCACCGAGCUUCGAUCAAAUUCAAUCCCAUCGUACCCCGAGGCCCGCGAUGGUUUCCCCGUAUUCGUCCCUCGACCCACCCCCCUCGCUUUUGUUUCCCCUCCCGCGCGACCAGAAACCAUCGUCGCGUCCCGAUAUACUCCAGAAGCAUAUCCAGUGACACAUAUGACUAGGCUACGAAUAAUUAACCUCUCUUUUGCUCCGAUAAGCAAGCUCAUAUUUAUUCGGCGUGUAUUGUCAUUCUCAAAUAGAUGAUCGAUUAAUUGUAUACUUCUUCGGGACAUCUCUAUCGUGUAGAUACCUUCAAUCAGUCGAGUCUUCGUAGUGUCUAGUAGCCGCUAAGGUAUCGUCUACCGAGUGUAAUUUUCGUAUUAACGGUGAGAGGGAGCCGCGUCAGAAGGAUCGGCUGACGAAAAGGGGUGCGAUACAUGCGACGUGUCGCGAAAUGGAAAAGAAAGAAACGCUUCGGGGUAGCUUGUACCCGGGAAUCUGGAAUCUCCAUAGCUUUCUUUCGGUGGCGCAACCUUAUCCAGAAUUCGAAAGAAACUUCGUGUACGAGUGUAGAUGCUGGUACAAAGCAAUUUUGAACGACCUGAAGCCUUGUACGCCGAUAUACACGCUGGUACAAAGUCUUCCAGUGCUUAAAACGAUCUGGAUCCAGGACUUGAAAGGACACGAAACUUUGUACGCUGGUAUAUAUUCCGGUACAACGUUAUCCAGGGCUCAUUUGACGACCUUUGUACCCUGAAAGAAUCUCGAUCACUUCGACGAUCGUUCACGAAGUUGAAAACGUAAACCUGAUCUUCGAACGGGUACACGGUAGAGACGAUCGACAGCGCGCGUGUAUCCGCGACCCCUUCCCGCCUUUUUUCACAUCGGAAUAUACACAACAUACGAGCUCUAGCGAUGUUCGAGCGCAAACUACGAGUAGCUCGAUUCGAGGAAGACGAAGAAUGGUAUCCGUGUGUCGACCAUUUUUUGCUCCCCCGUAGCCGUACUGGAAACGUCGAUCGAUCUGAUCGUUCCACCCUCCCCCAUUUUGUCUCGUCAUUUGCCCUCGAACGAGGUUUAUUGAAAAGCGAGGACGUUGCGCGCGUCAACGUCGAUUAAAACACGAUCGUAUCGUUGUGGCGUAGAGCAAUCUGUUAGUGCAGGGGCCUUAUCCUUACUGCGCGGGUCCUGGCCAGGAUCCGUCACGAUCGCGAGGUGGACGACUUUAGUUUCCAUAGGAGAAUAACAUUCGUAGCUUAACAAUCUCAAUAUACAUAUAUUCGUACGGGAACAAUUAUCAAUCAGUUUCUACAUCAUGCUAACAGAGACAAAAUUUGCAAAGAAAAGGUGUACCAAAGUGUUUCAUGAUCUAAACGUAUGGUUUGCAUUAGGUAUUUUGAAUACCCUAUGGUCGAGAAACAUAUGAAGAAAAAAACUAAAAAAAAUAAAGUUUCAAAUGAUAUUUCAUUUCGAUAUAAAUUUAUAUUUAAUUCGUAACGUGUAGUGUUGUAAUUAAUCACACACAUUUGAAACUGAACCUGCCUUCGUAGCAGAAACGACAAUACACAGAGUUGAACACACCGAAGGAACUUAAGGUUCUUUAACUGUGAACCCGAGAACCGACGUCAGUAUUAAUAUCAAUAUCGGAAGAUCGAUAGUACGGAAAGAAUAAAAGGAAUCGAAGAGGUGCGAUUAGUCGGUUCUGGUAUCGAGAAAUGGCGGUCGAUGACGGCAGAACGCUCGUUCGUGACGGAUCAUAGUCGGGUGCCCAACCUUACCGUAACGCAAGGCAAUCAGCUAAGAAAUAACUUAGUUUUUAUAGGAUAUUGAACACGCGCUCUACUACGACGGGGCGCGGUAUUAAGGGCAAGACCUUCAAUCUCUCGUCUGAAGGGCGCGUGGAACAAAGGGUCGAACGCGAUCGAGCGGCCGGCCAAGAUUCUCAAUGGCAUAUUUUUCUGUAACGAUUGAGAGCGUGAGUGUGAGAGAGAAAGAGAGAGAGAGAUAGAAAUGGAAGAAAUAACGUGUGCUUACAAAGAAAACGAUAAUAAUACGAGGGGCUAAAGAGAACUUCGAGUACGCGUGACACGUACGCUCGGGAUAAUAGAGUCGCAGAGAUGCAUGGAUGCGCGCGAGUAUUUCAUUGUUUUCUUCUUUAUGUGUGCCAAAACGAACGAGAAAAGACGGAAAGAAAAUAAAAAAAAAAGGAUAAUACACGAGGAUCGUGGUAAUUGUUCGGCGUGCGGCCGAACCUUGUGCCAAGCUUAGAUAAUUCGCGGACUGAAUAAUAAACACGUGUGCCAAAUCGUCGUUACGCCUCCACCGCUGCAGCUGUUUCGAGUAUGGGGGAUGCUCUGUUCCGUCGAUCGUUCGUGCUUUCGACUCUCUCGUUGCCGCGCUUUCAAACCCGGAUCCCUCGAUCCAACGCGUUCUCGUUCACCUGUAGAUUAUUCUGGAUCCGUGGGAGCGGAUCUCACCGCAUAGACUGUAUCGCGCGAAAGCGGAACAAUGAAGCUUGGACGAGGAGCGUCGCGAAAAGUCGGCAUCGAGAGCGACCGGAAGGAAACGUUUGAUUGCAACGUGUACGAAAUGUCUGCUUUCUAGGUUGAAGCAAAAGACACUUGACACGGUCGAUCCUUACGAUUUUCUCGUCGUGCUCGCCGCGGAGUCCGCCGAUUCCUCGCGAAGCGGCUUGAAAACCGCCCGUAAUAAGGUCAAGUGGUCUUCGUCGAUUGCCCCCGAGGAUCCUCAAUUAGGUUCCUCGAGUUUUAUCCGCUUUGUUGCCAAUUUUCGUGACUGGUACGGCCGGAAGAAAAGUCGGACGUCUGUGCCAAAUUGACGUCACCCCGCGGCUUCGUCCGCAGAACCGAGUUUAGAACGCGGACGGGGGAAGGGUAGAGGUUGACCCCCCGACGACGCGAUACAAAAUAGAACGUUGCAAACUAUUCGAGCGGGCAAUUCGGGCGUUGCAGGCUUCGCGAACGAACAGAAAAGGAAUUACGUUUUCGACGGCAGUUCAAAUAGUACGUAAAUUUAGCGAUGUGCCCUUGUCGGGCGCAAGAGACAGGGAUUAUAUAAAAAUUAGUCUGACCUUACGAACGUUCAGAGCUUCAGUUUUAUUCGCGUCGCCGUUCGCGAUCCAUUCGAAAGGUCGUCACGCGUUAUCCAGCGAAGAUAACGGGGUAGCGCGCUUCCGUUACGAAAAAGAAACCAAGCUAAAUGUAUUUUCUCCCAUCGAUGUGAUUUCCAAUCCCCUUACGUCUUCCCCUCUGUUCUUCGAUUCCGUGUUCUUCCGGUAGUUGCACGCAAAUUGUUCACGAUCGACUCAGAGAACACGGUGAAUGUGCUUCCGGCGUUGCGAGUCGCCGGACGAUCCGCGGUAGGACCCUGAACUGAAAGUCUGAUUAAAAAUCGGCAGCUUAGGAUCGCGAGUGCUCGUCGUACGCCAUUGCAUAUCAAGCUUUAACGGCAACAGUAAACGCUGUAAUUGGACCAAUAACAACUGGGAGCUCGAGGCUAGCGAUGCACGUUUUUAAAGAGACAAAAGCGCGGAUCAUCGCGCUAACGAAGAAAGACAAGUUUAAAUAUGACGGCUGGAAGAGUGAGUGAUCGAUAGACGCUUUUAUAAGUUCAAACGCGCUGAUCGAACUCCAUUCGAGUACAAACCUGACUGAGAAAUAUCGCGAAGAAUCGGAAGAGUACGGCGAUCACGGUGAAAACGAAAAAAAAUUAUUUCCACGAGUAUUUUGUACGAUUUACAAGCAUUACUAUAUUUAACCCCUUUCUUAGGUAGACCGUAGACGGCAGCUAUUUUUUUAAAGACUCGAGACCAAAAUGGUCGGUUCGCGAACCUCCCCGGUACGACAAAGAGACUCCAUCGAUGGGGACUGCAUAUUUUCCCAACGCCCAGAGUACCUUCCGUUGCAGUUGAAAUUGUUAGGGGUCUCCGAUAACAUAUCACGAACGUUCGGGUGUAGAGCACGACGAUUCUGACAAUUUCGAGAAUCACGAUCGAAAGAUCGUGUUUACAUGUUGGUCGUGCUGGAAGAGUAGAAAAUUGCAUUUAAAAUUGAAUUACACGAGGUCGACUACCGCGGAUCGUUCCGCAGAGCGUAUGAUCAUACUCGCGGCGUUCUUUCGUUUGGUCCCUUCCGGUUGGCGCGCGAUAACCGUCGAUGUUUCGCGCGCAGGACACAAAAGCACGUGACAGAAAAAUGGUCGUCCCGUUUCCUUAUGCACCCGCACCAAAAUCUGAUCCGGUCACAACUAUGUGUGUAUACUUCGGCUGUUCCUUCUCUUCUUCGUCUCCGACGUCUUUCCUUUUUAUCUUCCUCGGCCGAUAACGACUUAUGUUGAAAAGCCUUUACGAAAACAGGGUCUUAAAUACUUACGUGUAAUACGAGUAUUUUAAAUUUUUAUCGCGGUUAAAAAGAGGUAAAGAGAGAGAGAGAGAGAGAGAGAAAGAAAUACUAAAUAGGCGAGAGAACAAAGUGGAGAGAAACAAAGCAAGCGUAGAGUGCAAUGUAACAAUGAACAGAAUUAACUUAAUGAAAUAAUAAUAAUAAUAAUAAAUAAUAAAAGAAAAAAGCGAAUAAAAAUUUUUACAAAAAAAGAGAGAAAGAUGUAAUUGUAUGAGGGGGGGAAAAAAAAUGCGUAGAGGAACGUCGCGACUGCGUCUUUCAAAACGUUUCGUCGAGUAUGAGGAGCGAAGCGUCGCUUUUUAUAACGUGUUGCUGCGAAGAAUAUAUAUGUAUGUAUAUGUGCGCGUAGGGCUGCAUAACUGUGUCGCGCGUGCAGACGCAAUCGAGCGAGGUCUGCCAGCGCACUGAAUAGGGUACCGUUCUUGAUCGCGGUAUCGACAUGAAAGUCGAUUAUCGCGGGCACCUGAUCGAAUCCUCACACAUUUUAGCAACCUUCAUUUUUCAUUAGAAAUGUGUUCUCGAGCAUUUUAUUAAAAUAAUACAUAGUAAUACAAAAACGAGAUUCAGCUCUUUUGUAAUCUGGCCCUUAAUACGAUUACUUUUAAAGCAAGUAAGAGUUACGUUUAUUUAUAAUGAAGUUGGAGGAGAAGUGGUCCCGCGAUCGGUCGAUGAUACUCCAGGGUAACGUUUUGUAAAACCUUUUCGUGUAGCGAAAGAAAGAAACGGGCAGGCGAUGCGCAUCCGUCGAAGAGAAAUCGAUCGAACGAGCCUUUCUUAGAAAUUGGACGAUAACGCGAGCAAGCAUGGCUGGGAAAAUGAUACGAGACGCCUGUUAAUGGGUCGACGGUGCAUACGGCGUCGCGCGUGUGCUCUUGGCGUCCUCGAGACCGUUGACCGUCGCGAACAAUUUUCCCUGUAUACGAUGAAAAGAAACGGGACCGAGAUGAACGAGCAUAGGCUGAACAAGUUUAAUAAGAUCCCUGAGAUAAUGACCCGAGGACCGAAUGGCGAAGAUAAAGGCGAUUGGACGAUCGUCUAGGCUUUAUGUCGUGGCUAGGUCAUCGGGUACUGUUUGAAAGAAGACAAUAGAAGGAUGACACAAACCAGUUAUUAAACUUGUGGAGCUGCGCGCGUACGGUGAAUGAAAUUGCACGCGACUCGGGAGCACGGUUUCUUGGACGACGUGUUCUAUGCGUGGCGUUGUACAUACGUAUACAUACGUACGGACAUAUGUGUAUAUAUAAACGAUAUACAAUUACUGUAAGCGUAUAAGAGAUAUAAUUUAUAUAUAGCUGUAUUCUACGUCAUCAGUGCAUGUAGAACAGGCUUGCGAAUGUUCACAUGUGAUCGUCUCAGCCGGCGUGAGAGUGCUUUAACCUAGAGACUGCGUGAGUGAGAGAGAGAGAUACAUAUAUAUAUACAAGAAAUAUAUAUAUAUAUAUAAUAAAUAGAUAGGUACAGAAAGAGGGAGAGAGAAAAAAUACACUAUACCUUGUAGUCGACGUUACAUAUCUUUAAAGUUGUUCGUUUGAUAGCGCGAUGCCGCGCGGAUUCAGCGACGCCCGGCAGCCGAGCGUUGAUCUUUCUCCCAAGACCAAUGUCGCGAUCGACCGUGAUCGAUCGACACGCCGGUCGUCACGAUAGCCGACAAACUCGUAUAGACCCGUGAAUGACACGCAGGUAACCACCCCUGGCCCAAAGUCAGUCUACAUAUCAGACUCUAGUUAGCACCAGGUCCCUUCUCAACUUUCGACGUUUUUACCCACGAGUACGAAUUUCUGGCGUGUACGGCGAUCCACGAUCCUUGGUACGAGACUACGUCGAUCGUGGACCGCCGUGCACCGAGCUCUGUACCCUUCGAUCUCUAACCCCCCGGAGCCAUGGACGUUGCGCUCAUCUUGUUCCAGGUGAUUACGGGCCCUCCCGAAGUCGCCUGAUCGUCGUGGCCCCUGGGAGCUCUCCCCCACUUUCCACGAGACACGGUGCAGUCGGUGAAACAAAUGCAACGAUUCUCUGGGAGAGCAGCUAGCGUUAUAACGUUAAACGAUGAGCCUACAUCGAGUUGUCUCGGUGG